AUGAUUCGGGGAAAGAAAGUGGUCAAAGGGUCUCUGUUGCCCUCCGUGUUGGAGGAUGAAGGUGUGGAAACAGAGAGUGAAAAGCUUGUGGGUACUGGAAGCAGACCAUCCAGUCGGCCCAGGGAAUCUUCCAGAAGCAUUGUUGGUGAUGGCCUGGAGGUGAAUCAGAUGACCCCCCAGUGUCUGAGCCCAGGUGAGGAGGCGUCAGAUGUGGACGGAGGAGACACUGAGGAGGAGGAAGGUGACUCAAAGAAAGGCCCUGACAGAGGAGAGGCUGGAGGAGGAGCGUCCAUCACCGCUGAUGAAGAGUACGACACUGAUCUGGAGUUAGAAGAUACCAGACGACCCUACGAUCCCACAGGACAAGCACUCUACAAAGAGGUGUGCAAACAGCUCAAAGUCACCCCCGUCUCCCAUUUCUUGAGGAACGUCCAGAGGAGCGAGCUAUCUUUGGAACACCGCGGACUAGGCCCCCAGGGCACCAAAGCACUUACAGUUCCCUUGGUAACCAACACCUCCAUCCUGAAGCUGAACCUGAGGGAUAAUUGGAUGGAGGCUUUGGGUGGAGCUGCAGUAGCAGAGAUGUUGAAGGAGAAUUGUUACAUCACAGACAUUGAUCUGUCAGAGAACAGGCUAGGCGAACAAGGAGUCAAGGCUCUGUGCGUUAUGCUUCUGGAGAACACAACUCUGCUCUCUCUCUGCCUCUCCGGAAACCAGCUGGACGACAAAGUGGCCCCGCACCUGGCCCAAGCUCUGGCCGCCAACCAGAAGCUUCAGAAACUGGACUUAAGCCACAACCGAAUAGGAGACGUCGCAGGGGAAAUCCUUGGAAACGCCAUCGCAGAAAAUACUGGGAUGAAGUCACUCAAUCUGGCGUGGAACUGCAUCCGUGGAAAAGGGGCCAUAGCUUUAGUCAAAGGCAUCGCGGCAAAUAUAUUCCUUCAAGUGAUGGAUUUGUCAUACAACGGCCUCGGAAAAGAAGGCGCCAUCGCUCUCGGAGAGGCGCUGAAAGAAAACAACACACUCGAGGAGUUAAAUAUAAGCAACAAUCGCAUACCCCCUGAAGGUGCAAUCCAUUUUGCGAUGGGCCUGCGAGUGAACAAAACAAUCAGAAUCCUAAAAAUGUGUCGGAAUCCAAUGCAAUUCACCGGGUGUUACGCUGUGCUGAAGUCAAUACAAGGGAAUCCAGAGUCGGCACUGGAGUUCUUGGACUUCUCUGAUAUCACUGUAAACCAGGACUUCGACGACGUAUACGACAUCGUUAAAGAUAUGUUCCCUAACCUACAAGUGAAACACGGUGGACGGAUCGGCAGAUUCCACAAACCGCAGUCUUGA